UAUGUCCACAAUGUGCAGUAUAUUAAACCCGCUUAAGGUCUGACAGAUUGAAAUGCUAUAAAUUAAAAAAAUAUUCCAGCAGGAGGUUGUGUGCAGUUCAAUUCCUGUUAUGUUUGAUGGAUCCAACUCUUUGGCUGAUAAUUUGUUUAAUUUUUCCAGGGUCGCUUGUAUUCAUUCUGAUGGUCAUACAUGUUGAAAGCAGGGGUGCCAUAUUCCGCAUUGUCCCAAACAGACUGCAGUUCUUUGAACUGGAGUCUGUCUUCUUUCACUGCGAGGGUCUUGAUGGCUCUGCUCAGUUGAAAGGGAUCAGAAACACUGAGGAGUUCAUUUCAGUGUGUGACAAGAAGUCACCAACGCUACUGUGUGCGAUUCAUCGAGUCUAUUCAACUGACAGCGGUGAAUACUGGUGUGAGACUGGAGCAGGAGAGAAAAGCAAGAGUAUCAACAUCACUAUCACUCCUGGUUCUGUGAUCCUAGAGAGUCCCGUUGUCCCUGUCAUGGAGGGAAACAAUGUGACUCUGCGCUGCAGAAACAAGACAAAGACUUCUAACCUCACAGCUCACUUCUAUAAAGAUGGCUUCUUCAUUGGGACCAGCUACACUGAUGAGAUGACCAUCCGCAAAGUUUCCAUGUUUGAUGAAGGACUCUACAAGUGUAAGAUCGUUGAUACUGGAGAAUCACCAGAGAGCUUGCUGACUGUCAGAGACCUUCAUGGAGAGACCUGCUCGUCUUGUUGUCCUGCCAUCUAUGUGUUCCUAACCUUGAGGACUACGUUCACCGUUCUGAUGGUGGCUGUGUUUCUACUGGUCGUUGGAUUAUUUCACUGUGGAAAACUUGGUGUUAGGCAGAAAUAA